UAUCUUUGCUUAACACUAAACAUAUUAUAUUUAAUUAAACAUACGUGAAUAUGGGCAUAAUGUAGCUAAUCAUGUUUUUGGCGGCCACUGAAGCACUGUGAUUUAAUACAAAACUGAAUGAAUGUACUACGGACUUAAAGACAUGUAUAAUUUUUUAUAUAUAAUUUUAUAAUUGUUAUAAUUUUGAAAAUCCCAGUCAUAACAUAGAAUUGGGAUGUUGUUUAAAAGUGCUGUAAUUGUCAUUCAGCCUUCAAUGAUGGACAAAUGACAAUAUAUUGCUUAUGUUUGCAAAUGUAAACAUUUAGAUCCUGGGUUGAACUUGUCAAUUUUGUCCCAGAAUCAUACAGAUGUGCCUACUGACAAAGAACAAGAACAGGGAGCAGAAAAUGUAGAGAGGCAGGCAGCUGAUAGCUUGGGAGAGGCAGGGCAAAACUUGACUGUGGAGAUCACAGAGCCGCAGCAAUCAAUCCAGCCAACUCCUUCAAUAGAGUCAGGAAAGCAGGCACCUGAAAAAUACCCAACAACUGAACCAUUUCAGCCUGAUUCUAAACGCAUUGAAGUUCAGAAGUUGACAAACAAAACUCUUAGAUUUCAGGACAGCUGGUUCAAAAGCUUCCCAUGGCUGCACUACUGCUCUGAACUUAAAGGAGUACUGUGUUUUUAUUGCAUUAAUGCCUUCUCCAAACAGACGUCCGCAUUGGCCAAAAAUGCAGAGCAAGCAUUCAUUGCUCAAGGCUUCCGUAACUGGAAACAUGGUCCACAAGCCUUUGAGAAGCAUACGAACAGCAAAGCACACAACAUUGCAGUGAACACAUUCAUACACUCAGAAAGGUCGAUAAAAGUGCAACUGUCCAACAUUUCAAAAACAGCACAAGAGGAGGCAAGUUUAAAUUUGUUAAAGGUAGUGAUUGCUAUUAAAUACCUGACCCAACAAGGCUUGCCUCUGAGGGGACACAACCAAGAGGAAGGACAUUUCCACCAGCUUCUCCUCUUCAUGACAGAGAGUGUUCCUUGUCUGGCAAGCUGGCUCAAACGAAAUCACUGCUACACAAGCCCUGUGAUUCAAAAUUAAAUAAUGAAUUUAUUGAGCAACAGCAUAAUUCGCAAAAUUGCACAGGAAAUUGCUGCUUUACCAGUCGUGCAAUAUUCAAUAAUAAUGGAUGGGACGCAGGACAUCAGUGGUGUUGAGAAAGUGUCUAUCUGCAUACAUUAUGUUAACACAGACCUGGAACCAAGAGAGGAGUUUGUUGGCCUUUAUGAAGCUUCUUCCACAACUGGUGAGCAAAUAGGCAAGAUUGCUUCUGAUGUCCUCCUCCGUCUAAACCUUCCCUUUUCCAGUCUGCGUGGUCAAACCUACGAUGGAGCAGCCAACAUGUCUGGGCAACCGCUUGCUACCUUUGUUCAUUGUGGCCCCCACUGUGUGAACUUGGUCACACAAGCAGCCUGUUCAGCCGCACCAAUAAUUCGGGAUUCUCUGCAAUGGAUCCAUGAGCUGGGCUGUUUAUUUGGCCAGUCAGGCAAAUUUAAAACAAUUUUUAAGUCUGUGGCAAAAUCUACAUCUGGCUGCUAUACAACACUGAAACCCUUGUGUCCAACUAGAUGGACAGUGCGUACACCAGCCAUCAAUUCUGUCCUCACCCAAUAUGAAGCUGUCUUGACAGCACUGGAGAAAAUGGCAUCAUCCAGCACACAUGACACUGCCUCCAAAGCCAAUGGCCUUCGUGAGCGUUUCCAGAAAGGAAACACUGUCCUUGGACUGCUGUUGACACAGGACAUCAUGAUAGGCCUUGAAGGCCUGAACACCUCACUGCAAGGGAGAGGAGCAACAGUCGGAGGCAUGCUAAGUGCAGUUGAGUGUGUCAAAAAUGGCUUUCAGAACAAAAGAUCAGAUGUAAGUUUCAGAGAGCUCUACAUACAGGCAUCUGAGGUGGUAACAUCACUGGACCUUGAGGCAAUAACAGUACCACAUUUAAGAAGGCCUUCUACAAGACAUGCUGGCCCAGCUCAGCCCUACAUUCCGACUACAGCUGAGGAGUACUAUCGUGUGCAGUUCUUCCUAGUUCUUGAUACAGUGAUGACACAGCUGACACAUCGAUUUGAACAGGAGGGUCUGCGCAACAUUGUCAUGCUUGAAAAUGUCCUAAUCUCUGGACAAGUCAACGACAUUGUUGAACUGUACCCAGAGCUGGAAUCCCAGUCCCUAAAGGUGCAGAUGGCCAUGUUUCGUGCAAAUUAUAAAUACCAAAGUUGUACAGAAGUGGUCAAUAUUUUGAAGAACAUGGUACCUGAGGUCCGUGGACUCUUCAAGCAAGUGGAGACUCUGGUCCGCUUACUUCUUGUGGUUCCUGCAUCAUCAGCUGAGGCAGCGAGAAGCUUCAGCGCUCUCCGGCGCCUGAAGACAUGGCUUCGCUCCACAAUGUCCCAGAACCGUCUUAACAGCGUUGUUGUCUGUCAUGUUCACAAAGACAGAACAAAUAAAUUAGACACCAAAGAAAUAAGCCAGGAAUUCAUUAAGGUCUCAGAGAGGCGUGCUCAGGUUUUUGGUUCAUUUUAGUGGACAAAGCUA